GUGGUACACAUAUAUUAUGUAAUUACACACGUAUACAUGCACGUAUUACGGACCGGUGGAUGCCAGUUUGUGAAAGCAGCUAGAGCAUUAGGUAUUGUCUCAGCAUCACGUGCAUCUGAAGAUGGAGGACAUUCAUGUGGAUGUUGCAGUUAUUGGCGCUGGCAUCAGUGGACUAAGUGCUGCCUGUUUACUCAAGAAGAGUGGAUUGAGUGUUGCUGUCCUCGAAGCCCAGAAUCGUGUCGGAGGACGGACAUACACAGUCAGGCACCCAACUCAUGGCUCUGUAGAUGUGGGCGGCGCCUACGUUGGACCCACCCAGAACAGAGUGUUCAGGCUCAUCAAGGAACUUGGACUACAAGUCUACAAUGUCAAUGACGAGAACAGGAAUGUCCUGUAUAUUAAUGGUUCCUGGUCAACCUUUAAGGGAAGCACACCAUCUAUGAAAAAUCCUUUUAGCUACCUGGAUCUCAAUCAUGCAAUCAGAACAAUUGACAAGAUGGCUGAACAGGUGCCCCUAGGUGCACCCUGGAAGGCGGCCAAGGCUAAAGAGUGGGACUCAAUGACUGUACAGGAGUUCAUCAACUCUAUUUGCUGGACAUGGGAAACGAAACGAAUAAUGAAGAUUUUCAUCAACGCCCUAUUUACAGCUGAGCUCCAUCAAUUGUCCCUUCUGUACUUCCUUCAAUACAUCCACAGUGGACAGAAUUUCAGCAGGGUGUCUCUCAUCACUGGUGGAGCACAGCUGAUGGAUCACUGGGAUCACAGAGUGUUACUCAGUCUACCCUCCACCCACAGUGGUCACCUCACUGAGUCACAGGUAGUCACAAUGUGCUCCCCCGUCACCAGCGUCACACAGGAUGAUGCAGGGGCAGUUGUCCACACCGUUGAUGGGAAAGUCGUCAAGUGUAAAUACGUGAUCAGCGCCAUGCCACUCACGCUGCUAUCCAGAGUGCGCUUCUCCCCUCCACUCCCCGGUCUGAAGGCCCAGUUGAUACAGCGAGUCCCCAUGGGCUCCGUCAUCAAGACUAACUUGUUCUACAGCACCCCGUUCUGGAGAGAGUUAGAUCUGAGUGGAAUAGCUAUGAGUGACACAGGGCCAUCUUCGACAUGUUUUGAUGACACAAAGCCAGACGGCUCCCAUCCUUCGAUCAUGGCCUUCAUCCUGGCUGACCAGUGUCGCAGCCUCAGUCAACUUACAAAGGAAGAGAGAAAGCAGAAGCUGUGUCAGCAAUUUGCAGAUAUAUUCAAAUGCGAGAAGUUUUUGGAGCCUGUGGGGUAUGUGGAGAAGAACUGGUUGGAGGAUGAAUAUUCUGGGGGAUGCUACUCGGUCACACUCCCACCCGGGUACUAACACAGUAUGGAAGGGAGAUCAGGAAGCCACACCACCGUCUGUAUUUUGCUGGGACAGAAACAGCUACAGAAUGGAUGGGAUUCAUGGAUGGAGCGAUCCAGGCUGGGGAAAGGGCAGCAAGAGAGGUGUUAUUUGCUGAGGGUAAGAUUAAAGAAUCAGAGAUUUUGCAAGAUGAACCAGAAUCAGAGGACUUCCCUGCCAGGCCCCUCCCGACUUCAUGGGUAGAACAGAUCAUGCCAUCUGUGACUGCCAUGGUUGCCAGUUUAGUGGUGGCUGGCUGUGUUGCAGGUGUGGCAGUCAUUCUCCAGAUGCUGGGAUAGUGCUUUGUUUGUUUGUCUAACCCCACACUAAGCAAAUACUAAUAUUCUAGCUAUAUGACAAUGACAGGCAAUCCAGUGAUUGAGAUUAUGACCAUUAACUGCGCAUUUUGGAUACAAUGACAUGUUUGCUAAAAGUCAGUUCUAAUCGUCCCAGGGUUAACGGAGGAUUUGGCUAUCAUAUUGCAGAGGGAGUGAUCAGGCUUUCUGAGGACAGGCAAUCACUCCGCACAUGCUUGGAUAGGGAUCAGCGGUGGCAGGUUAUUAAACUGCAUAUGCUGUGAUAUUCUACCCCAUCCCCUUCCAAAACAAUUAAUGAGAAAAACUAUUAUGAGGAACUGAACAAAUGUAAUAAUUGCUCCUUGUGGAACAACAUCUAUGUGCAGUGUUCACGAAUAGUGUUGCACCCUCAAACAAAGCGGCAUAUUCUCAGACAGUCCUAUGUAAGUCUACAACCCGCCGGCCCCAGUGUCCAACUGCAUAUUUCAUAAAGACUUUGACUGAAGUUGUUACAUGUGAUACGUCACACUUGUUCUCUGUUUGUAAAUUUUACAUUUGUUAAUAGUUUCAAUGCCAAUUAUAAGAAAUGUUAUAUCUGAAAUGUGUGUUUAAUUUUUUUCUAUGGGUCCUGUGAAUUUUCAGUGGGUCAACCAGACAUCUGAAACUUACAGGACCCAAUGUCCUGUUACUUUGAAACACCAUUCAUGAACACUGCACUGGUGUACACAUAGGGGUCCCUGGUGUAGACAUGGGGGUCACUGGUCUGGACAGGGGAUCUAAAAGAUAGGGCUGCACAGUAUUACCUGUAUACCAGGAAACUGCAGUACAAAAUUGUAACAAUUAAGUACAGCAAUACGUUAUGAUAUACCAGUUUACUGACAAAGAUUUUUUUGUUCAAUUUAAACUCACAUAAAACUGAUCUUGUUCAUCCUUUUACCAAAGCUACAUUGUCAUUGUGACGGAUCUGCGCGAACAAACCUUCAGUGUAACGUAA